GGCCGAACGCGUCGCCCUAAACACUGGGAGGGGCGAGGGAAGUUGAGGGAGCACCACUUCCAGAGGACGUGACGUAUAGAGAGGAAGGCCCGGACCUGUUAAAUUGAGUUUCCCCACUGACUGUGACCCUCUACAAGAAAUGACCAGCAGGAUGAUUUCAGAGACCUGAAGAGAUUUAUAUGAACUGACGCUGAGUGAAAUGAGAAGGACCAAUAGAUCAUUGUACACGGUAACAAGAAGAUUAUACGAUGAUCAAUUCUGAUGGACGUGGCUCUCUUCAACAAUGAGGAGCUAUCUUUACUGGCCUUCUCUUAAGAUGUCAUCCCUUUCAGAAUAUGCUGUGCGAAUGGCUCGCCUGAGUGCUCGAAUAUUUGGAGAAGUUGCCAGCCCCACUGAUUCAAAGUCCAUGAAAGUGGUGAAGAUGUUUAGUGAACAGCCUUUGGCCAAAAGGAAGGAGACUUUGGCCUGGUAUCCCCCUCACAAUACCUAUUUUUUUCUCAUGAGGAAACUUCGUUCCUUUGGUCUUUACAGAGAUGAACAUGAAGAUUUUAAGGAAGAGCAGAGGAGAUUAAAGAAGCUUCGUGGAAAAGGCAGACCAAACAAAGGAGAAGGGAAAAGAUCCUCAAAGAAAUAGUAUUGGACCAAUCAAUGACUGAGAUGAGAAAGAAGUACACAUACUUGUUAUAUUUCCCCAUCCAAUAAUAAUAUAGCUUUUCUAAAUUGAUGGUUAUUGGUUCAAGAAUCAUCCCAUGUACCCUAAUGGGAUUAUAUUGAAUUGGGAUUGUAUUCUUGAACGUAUUUUGGGCCCUAAAAGUUAUUUUGGUCUUGAUAAUUUCGUGUAUGUCACCUGUUGUAAUCUCAAAGAAAUUAUUGAUAUGUAAGUAUUUGCUAAUUUUCUAGCAAAAAAAAAAAAUCCUCAAUAAAUUAGCAUCCUGUGGUUUCUUUUGCCUAA